AAUUGCCAAGUCAAAGUGACCUGAAUCUAGUUUUGAUGCAGAAAACAUUGGAUUUAUUGACAAAUUCUACUUCCAGGUAGAGCUGAGGCCUGGCCACAGCCCAGGCUCCAUCUGGGAGGGAAUUCCCUAAACACAUUUUAAAACAAGGCUCUUAAGAAUAGCAGCUAUGACUAAAGGCCUUGGGGUUAAAGACUAAUCAAACCAUCUAGUAGUUGGAUCCCUCCAAAGUUUCCUUCAGGACAGAGAUGCUUCAAACACAGCAAACUUCUGGAGUGCUUCUGUAAUAACUGGGAAAACCACAAGACCAGCAGUUCAGAGGAGGCUUUCAACAAAGCUCAAAUAUCUUUUCUUGGAACUCUGAAAAAUACUUAAUUAUGUGACAGCAUUGGGUCAAACCAUAGAGCCAGUGCAGGGACAGCCAGAGAGCUCAGCUGGUCCAAGAGAUGCAUAAGUAACUAGAGAACAAAAAAGAAGGAUCCUGAAACCACAUGAGUCUUUUAGGUAAUUGCACAAAGAGAUGUUAAAGCAUAUAAGAAGCUGGCUAUAAAUACAGUAUUAUCUUAUGAAUGAUGCCUAUUAUAAAAUCAGUAAAUUCACAUCAUAUAAUUAAUCAGUGGUAACCCUCUCAGGAAGUUGAGAUAACACCUUUCUAAACAGCCAUGUAUCUGUGACAGCAAAAUGAAACAAAGGAAAGUACUAAAACAGCUUACAGUCAACAACAGCCAUAAUGGAGAAUCUUCACUGACUAUUUUGUGUUAUCUAUGGAAGAUAAAACAGCAGAGAUUGUAAAGAGCAAUAGAAUCUUCACAAAAUCCAGGGUGUACACACUGUAUCAUCUUUAUCCACAAACAGGUGUUUGUCAGGGUUUCAUCACAGCUGGUUUUGUCAGAAUCAUCUUAUCUCUUAAAAGAAAACAGCUUUAUAUCUUACAGCAUAGAAAGGUAAUAUUUAACUCUUAGAUUGCAAUGCAAGAUGUAACCAGAUGUGUUCUAUCACCAUUGGUUUAAACCAGGUGGGGGAGUGUUAUCUCUUCCAUGACUCAUCCCUCAAAACUCCAGGGAAAUAGCUUCUCUUAAUGGGCCAGCUGUCAGAACCAGGUGGGGCAGUUUUCUUUUAUCUCUUCCACAAUGGAUCAUCCCCCCAGGAGAUAUCUUCUCUUAAUGGUGUCCCUGCAUGGCUGAUAAAAUUCCAUCAUCCCAUUGGGAGAUGCUCAGCUCAGGGGGAGGAGCCAAAGCAUUCCUACCUGGAUAUAAUCUGAGCCUGGGAACACCAUAGCAGCCUUUUCCACUGGAUUCCCAGAGGAAGACCAGACACCAUUGGACCUUCAGAGGACAAUUACAGCCUUCUUCAGGAUCACCCCUUCAACAGAGCCACCUUUGUCACUCCAGGAGGACUGCAGCCACCAUUUACUCGGACAGCUACCAACACCCUGACCCACAGGGUGUCAGGUUAUAUUCUGACUUUAUCUGCUUCAGCAGUAACACUUUAUUUGUGAGCUAAUUAUUUCUAAACUUUUAGGAGCUGCUGCAGAUAGAAUUCAAGGUUAUAGGACUUGGUUCAGAAAGUAAUUGCUGCCAAUAAUCUUGGGAGAAGAGGAGAGCUGCAGGCACUGUGAGCGGGAUGGAGACAAUCCUGGAGCAGCAGCAGCAGCAGCUCCAUGAGGAGUGGGAGCAGCUCAUGGACAUGAUGGUGAAGGAGAUGCUCACCAAGAAGUCCACGCUCCACAACCAGAUCAACUCGGACCACUGCACCUGAGCCAUGCAGGACAGGUACAUGGAAGUGAGCAGCAAACUGUGGGACCUGUAUGAUGACAAGGAUGGCCUGCAUGAGGAGGAGCUCAGUGCCAUUUCCAGGCCAAAUGAAUUUGUGGAGUUUUACAACAGACUGAAGCAAAUUAAGGAGUUUCACCAGAAGCACCCAAAUGAGAUCUGUGUUCCUAUAUCAGUGGAGUUUGAGGAGCUGAUGAAGGCCAGAGGCAACCCAAGUGAAGAAGCUCAGAAUCUGGUGGAGUUCACAGAUGAGGAAUGGUAUGGGCGAUACUUGGAUUUGCAUGAUUGUUACCUCAAGUACAUUAAUCUGAAAUCAUCACAGAAAUUGGAUUAUAUCACUUACUUAUCCACAUUUGACCAACUAUUCAGUAUUCCCAAGGAGAGAAAAAAUGCUGUUAAGAGGUAUCUUGAGAUGCUCCUUGGGUACCUGCAGGGUUACACAGAUCGAGUGAAACCAUUACUGGACCAGAAUGAACUUUUUGGGAAAAUUCAGACAGAGUUUGAGAAGAAGUGGGAGAAUGGCACAUUCCCAGGCUGGCCAAAAGAGACCAGCAGUGCCCUCACCCAUGCUGGUGCUCACCUGGACCUCUCAGCCUUCUCCUCCUGGGAGGAACUGGCCUCCCUGGGACUGGACAGGUUAAAAUCAGCUUUGCUGGCUUUGGGGCUGAAGUGUGGUGGGACUCUGGAGGAGCGUGCUCAGAGGCUUUUUAGCACUAAAGGCAAAUCCCUGGAAGCACUUGAUCCUUCCUUGUUUGCUAAGAAUCCAAAGACAAAAGGAAGCAUGAGAGACACUGAAAGAAAUAAAGAUCUUGCAUUCCUGGAAGCUCAGAUUUAUGGGUAUGUGGAAGUUCUUGGAGAACAAAGACACCUUACCCACGAGAACGUGCAGCGUAAGCAGGCACGGACAGGGGAGGAGAAAGAAGAGGAGGAGUCAGAACAGAUCAGUGAGAGUGAAGAUGAAGAAAAUGAAAUAAUUUAUAACCCUAAAGAUCUGCCUCUUGAUUGGGAUGGGAAGCCCAUGCCAUACUGGUUGUAUAAACUCCAUGGUCUGAACAUCAGCUGCAGUUGUGAGAUUUGUGGUAACUACACCUACCGAGGGCCCAGGGUGUUCCAGAGGCACUUUGCAGACUGGAGACACGCCCAUGGAAUGUGGUGCCUGGGCAUUCCCAGCACUGCACACUUUGCCAACAUCCCACAGAUUGAGGAUGCAGUGUCACUGUGGGCAAAGCUGAAACAGCAGAAGGCUUCAGAGAGGUGGCAGCCUGACACAGAGGAGGACUAUGAGGAUUCCAGUGGGAACGUGGUGAACAAAAAGACCUACAAAGACCUAAAGUGCCAAGGGCUGCUGUAGCUGUCCCCAGGUGAAAGAUCACAGAGAAAAUCUGCAGAGAGAAUGGAUCUGGCAACAGCUCUGACUUCUUCAUUGUCUGGAUUUUGCAUGUGCAUGAAUAUAGAUUUCAAGAAUACCUUAUAGAGUCACUUUCUAGUAAGCCCCUUAGACAUUGUUUUAUAUAAAAACCAAAAAAAAAACCCCAAAAGAACAGAGGUGCAGUGGGGCAGGAGGAUGCCUGCCACACUGCCCCAUAUCUACAACAGGUCUCUUAAAUGAACAGCAAUUAAAUAUAGAUCAGCUGAGCUCAAGUAAUGGGCAGGCACUGCCCCAGAAAAGGGGCAGGAGGGCUGAGCUGCCCUGUGCCUCUGCCAGCUAGGGAAGGGAUAACUCUGUGGCACCAUCCUGCAUUGCUUCACCUCUGUUCUCCCCACUAAACACUUGUGGUUGAGAAAGAGGAGGAGAAAAAAGCAAUCAAAAACAAACCCUAAAAACUGCACACCAAGGGGAAAAAUACUAAAAGACAAAGGUGGAAAACUCUUGAAAGGCACCAAACACCCCCAGCUCUCCUCCUCUGUUUUGGAGUCUGUGAGUUCUGCGGGGGACUGCUGACCGAGGGGCCCAGCCCAGGUGGAUCCACUGUGUCUGGAAAGAAGCUUUGCUACAAAAAUACUGUCUGGACCCACUGGUCCUGCAGUUUGAGUUCUGCUGGAGGAUGAGACCUGCUCAGAUGGCUGCCUGUCUGCACCAUCUCGGGGGUAACUUAACCAUGACAGAGGUAAUUUUGCUUGAGCACACAACCAAGUUCUGGUUCUGGGCUCCUGGUUCUUCAUUUGUUUCUCCACAUGGUUUGACUCUUGCUGCCCCUACUGCUGUCUCCAGCUCUGGGAUAGAAGGGAAAUGACUGACACAGGGGCCACGUGCUUCCGAGCAUCUGCAGGCAGGGACACACACAGGCACUGUCCCAGAACCAGAGUGCAGGCACAGGCUCUGCUAAAUGCAUUUACCUAAUCAGGGACCAGCCCCUGGACCACACAACACCGUAAGAAAGCUAUCACCAUAUACUUGCCAUACUUUCUCCUUUUCUCAAUAUAUUUUGCCUCUUCUAACUCACAGUUUGCCUUUCUUUCCAUGACGUGUACAUUUCCUCACCGUUUCCACAUCACAGUUCCAUUCUGUGACUCGUUUCCCCACACCUCAGCAGUUGACUGUUCACUCACCGUGGUUCUUGAGACUGCUGUCCCCACAAUUUGCUGAGCCCUUCUCUCUGGCAGCUCUUAGGCUGCCUCACCUUCUGUGACUUUCUUCGGGCCGUGUCUCUCCCGACGUUUGGAGACCACGUUUUCGUUCUGCCACUCGCAGUUUUUUUCUCACCCUUUCUCCCAGGAGUUGUGUUCGUUUCUGUGUGUUCCACGCCCUCUGCAGUCUGCACUCACUGCCCGGGUUCCCCUUCACUGGCUGCCUCUUCUCUUUGCUUGUUCCCUGCCGAUCCUGUUGGCUGGUAGUAGCCGUAGCUUUUUGCUACUUUGGAAAUUCAUUGCUUGAAUUUCUUUUCCUGCUGAUCCUGCAGCCAGCAGUGCUGCCAGUGGUUGUGUCCAUGUGCUGUGUCUCAUCUCGCUGCUGUUUGCUCCUGCCUUGGCCAUACUCAUGGCCAGCUCCAUCCUCCUUUCAUGACUUUGUAUAUUCCAUCUUUAAAUCCUGUCUUGCUUCCCGGUCCUGGGGUCAGCUUGGCUCAUAUCACCUUUUUUUGCAACAGGCUGUUCAUCUCGCAUCUGUCACAUCUUUGGGGUCACCAUAUGUUGGAAUAAAUCAGCCAAGACUCCAUUUUCUUCAUGCAGAAAGCCAGUUCUUUAUUCACAAAGCUCAUGUUUGUAGGAAAUACCAGCAAUGUGUUAAACCUAUUUUGUCAGCAAUGCAGUGAAAUUCAGUUCACUGGUCAGUAAGGGCUGCUGUAAAUGUCUAUCAAGUUUUCUCUCUCUACAUAUGUUUACAUUUUUCCUUUGUGGAUUCUCAUGGGACAAAUCUUAUUGUUUUCACAGGUGCAUUUGUUUUUCAUCCUCAGAAUAGAUUGUUGUGUCAAAAGAACUUGAUUCUCAAAAUAGCUUCACAUGGCAACUUGCAAAUUGCUUGUUAGCUGCACUUAGAAGAAAUGACAGGCCAGCUUUGGCAAUUUGAUUUCAUAAGGCCUUUCUUUUAUAAUUCUUCUACCUGUCUACCCCACCUCACUUGCUGCCCAGGGGUGUAGAGAGCAGUUCAGAGUUUCUGGCUCCUCCUGACCAGCAGGGCCUGGUGCUCUUCUCCUUGUAGCUGUCUCAUCAAAGCUAAGUUCCUUGCAGAUAUUGCACCUUCAAACGUCAACCCCCUGACCAGUGCUGGGAGCAGAAGUCUGGAGAAGCCAAAUUAUUCAUCCCGAAAAACUCCAUGCCUGGUUUAUUUCUGCCUCUCCUGCAGCUUGGCCACCUCUCAGUCUGUUUUUCUGUCUC